UCGCGCCAAAAUAAAACCGUUCAAGUCCUUCUGUUUCGUAUUCUAAGUUCAACAAGUUCCGAAGCUUAAACAGUCUCCGUCAAUGGCUUCCACACUUCUCGUCUCUCUCAUCCUUUUUUCUCUCUUCUCUCUCUCUUCCCCUUUACCCUCUGUAACUGUUCUCAACGCUGCCGAAAUCUUGUCCGACAAUGGCUUUGUCUCCAUGGCUCUUACGCUUGAGCUCAUAGCCGAAUCUUUGCUCUCACAGACAAAUUCAAUGACGAUCUUCACACCUUCAGACACUGCUUUCGUUCAAUCGGGUCAGCCUUCUCUCUCUCUCCUUCAAUUCCACUUCUCGCCGCUCUACUCAUCUCCUGAAAGCCUCAAAUCGCUUGCAUUGGGCACCAAGAUUCCUACGAUGUUGGCUGGUCGAUCGCUUACGGUAACCUCUUCCCGAUCUGAUUCUAAAGUUUCUUUAAACGGAGUAAAGAUUAGUAACUUGCCGUUAUACGAUGACGGUUCGCUUGUUGUUUUCGGUAUCGAGAAGUUUUUUAACCUAAUAUUCCAAGUUCCGCCGCUUACUCCAAGUCCGAGUGCGAAAUUUCGGUGUGGUCCAUUGACGUUUAAGAAUCCGUUUAGUGAAGCGAUAAAAACUCUACGGUCUAAUGGGUAUUCUUCGAUGGCGUUAUUUCUUGAAUCUCAGAUUAUAGGGUUUAAUAAUGGUCAAUCCAUGAUGACCAUCCUUGCUCCUUCCGAUGAUGCAUUGGCUACUCGCGUUGAUAACUUUACCGAUUAUCCGUCUCUAUAUUUUCGUCAAAUUUUACCGUGCAGAAUCUUGUGGAAUGAUUUAGUGAAUCUUGAGGAAGGCACAGAGUUAUCUACAUAUUCGGAGGGAUACGAACUUUAUAUCGCGAAAUCAAGCGGCAUGUUGAGAAUCAAUGGAGUUGCAGUCUUCUACCCUAACAUGUAUUUGAACGAGUGGCUAGUGAUCCAUGGCCUUCUUGAUGUUUUCUCUGCGGCGGAGAGAAUCACAGCAGAGGAAUCAGAUUCAGAAAUCCAUGGGAUGGCAAUGGAUCACUGGUAAGUUCUGAAGCCAACAAAAUCUUUUGCUUCCAUUCACAACUUGUAAAUUUCAAGAACAUUUCUGAUCUUCUUGUGUAUCUGAGCUGCAAUAUGAAAGUAAAGUUUCAGAUAAUCAAGAACUGGGUUCAAUGUAGAUCUGUUGAUAGUGUUAUAAGACUCGAAGAACU